UAGGUUAGGAUGAGGGGUCUCGUCAACGUCCUGAAGAUGCUCGUCGCGUUUUUCUACAAUUACGCGCGCGGGUUGUCUUACACCGUGACGACGAUACUCGUGCUGUGCUACUGCCUCCAUCCGGCUCGAUUCGCCUCCCACUAUACCUUCAUCAAGACCGAGAACAUCUACGAGGAGAUGGAGAGGUCGUAUCCACCGAGGGACAACUCUUGCGUGAUCUCCGUGAACGGUAGGCGGCCGUCUCAGUUGCUCUACCCGGAGGAGCAUCCCAGGGAAGACCCGGUGGCGAUGGCACGUCGCCUCGGCAUUUUGCCGGGCGGUCAGUGGAAACCCCUCAACUGUCAUCCCCUCUUCAAUGUGGCAAUCAUACUGCCUUAUCGCAAUCGGCAGAGUCAGCUCGCCAUUUUCAUGAAUUACAUACAUCCGUUCCUGCAAUCGCAGAACCUCGACUACCGGAUAUUCGUUAUCGAGCAGAGUCCAAUGCGGGAAUUCAAUCGCGCCAAGCUGUUCAAUGUCGGCUACGCCGAGGCCACCAAGAUCAAUGACUUUCACUGCUUCAUCUUCCAAGACAUAGACUUGAUACCGCAAAAUCCCGACAAUAUCUACGCGUGCACCAAGAUGCCCAGGCACAUGAGCUCCAGUGUAAAUAUCUUUCGAUACAAUCUACCUUACACCGGCUUGUUCGGAGGCGCGAUAUCGUUAACGAGGAAACAGUUCGAGAGAGUGAACGGCUUCUCCAAUGUUUUCUACGGUUGGGGCGGAGAGGACGACGACUUUUACAAUCGCUUACAAUCCAGAGGCUUGCAGAUCGCACGUUUCGGACCCGACGUGGCGCAAUAUUACAUGUUGACGCAUAAGAAGGAGACCCCUAGCACUGCGAGAUUCGCAAAUUUGGAGAGCGGUGCGCGAAGAUACGACACCGAUGGACUUAAUAAUCUCGAGUACAGAGUAUUGAAUCAUCAGUUACGACCAUUGUACUCCUGGAUUCUGGCUGAUGUGUAAUAAUUUGUAUAGGUUGUGUAAGUUUUUUUAUCCGAUAUACCGUAACAUAUCUUUCUUAAGUCGGCUAUAAGUUACGAUAUAGUAUUUUUUAGGAACAAAGUGUGAACUGUCGGAUUUGUCAGACACGCAUAAUUGUUAGUGCCCCGCGAUAGGGAGCAUUGUAUUUAAACUCUGCAAGCAUAUUUAUUAUUAAUACUGAAAAUACUCACAUUUCGUGCAUCGAAUAAAGCGUCGAACAAUUACAGUUUGAAGAUAAUGACGACUAUUUUAUAGCGUGCGUGAGUCUACGGUUACAAACGCCUUUCCGAUGGUACCAGUAUUGAUUGCUACAGCGAUAACAGUAAUUAAUUGUACAAAACUUGAAGAGAGAACGCGUACUAAUAUAGUUAUAUAAAUGAUAAGGAUUGAAGACUGUAAUCAUCAGAAGUGUUUCUUUCGUAUAACUCGUUAAACUGAGAGAAAGCAAUACCACAUUCGAGAUAUUCCCCGAACUAUUAAAUAACUAAAUGCUACAUUAAAUUAUAUAUAUUUAAUUUCAUGAUACUUUAAUCACACGAUUACAUUUGUCAUAUAAGAGAAUCGCAAAUGUUUAAUGGUACAAACUUAUUCCGUAGAAAAUACAUUAUUAUAGCCUUUUGAUGAUGUUUACCUCUGACCAAAGAUAUUCUAGUCCUUGCAUGUUUUUUGUGUUGUGUGAUUAUGAUAAUACAGUGAUCUUUUAUUGGUUGUUUCCACAAAAAGUUUAGAUAUAAAAUAUGUAGAUUUUUGUUAGAUAACAAAGUUUGACGAGGUAUUUUGUAAGUACUUAAAUAUAAAUGUGAUUAGAGAACUCUCUUUAAGAGCGCUCACUCUUUACCGAUACUUAUAGCACUAAUUUAAUACUACAAACCUGAUUUUCUAUAAAAGUCAUGAAUAAAAUAUAAUAUAGAAGUAUCGAAUGUUUCGUUUUACAUUCCUGGAGACGUGGACAAAAAAUAAUAGUGACAGAAUAAUGAUUAAUAUAACCUAAGUGUAUGUUAUGACGAUAAAGUAUAUUAUAAAACUAAUAUGCGUUCAAUAAUAAUAGAGAGAACACAAAGGUCUGCACUUGUAUCUUUCAAUGUAGAAAUUUCUGAACGGACUACACUGUGUUCGGAAAAUUUUUCUACUCAAUAUUGUCUUUGAAUAUUUGAGUAUGUAUUUAUUGUUUCGAGAGAGCAUCACACUCUUUGCAGCAAUAUGGAAACUGUAGAUCUUUUACAUAUUUGUAUUGUUAGAUAUUAUCGUAUCUGUUAAGACAAGUAGAUUUUCAACGAAUUUAUAAAGAUUUUACACUUUGUUUACACAUAGGUAUAAUUUUUUUAAGGACUAAGUCGAGUUAUCUUUCUUGUAAUUCUUGAGAGAUUCGAAUGUUAUUUGCAAUAUAUUAUAAAUUAUACAUAUUACAGUUUAUUGCUCAUAAAUAUUGUAACCUUCCCGUGGUAAGAUUAUUUCUAGAAAGGAGAGAGGAAAAUGUGUCUCUGAUUAGAAUGGUGCCGUAAUCUAACGAGGCAAGUUUGGAAAAUUUAAUGUGUAUAAAAAAAAUUACACGUGCAAUAUGCAAGCAAUAAUGCCACAUGUACAUUUAUUAAUUUGUCUCGAUUCCUUAUUUAAUACAUGAUUCUUUUACGAUGACUCUUUAGAAAAAUAACAAUAAAUUGUAAGAAUGAUGUUAGAGAUGUGUAUGUAUAGUGAUAAGUGUAAUGUACGAUCAUUGAAAUGAGACAAAUAUGAUAAAAAAAAAAGAACUGUGAGUACACGGAUAUUUGCUCUGUAUCUUCAUACCCAGCUCUUGGUAUAUUCAAACUAUAAAGGGAAUGAAACCCAGAAGAUUUCAUUGCGAUGUAAUAAAUAUAUGUACUUGACACGAAUUUAGACGUACGAGAUAAGAAGAGAUAGAGGACAAAUAUUUUCUUUUUUUUUACAAAAACAUGAAAUCAAUGUAUCAACAACGAUACUUUCGCGAAGAAAAGGUUCAUUUUGUUUAGAAUAUAUCAAGAAAGCCCGAGUAUUUCUAUGCCACGUGUACGACACGCUCAUAGUACUUUUAAGAAUCCGCCGUAUAAGCCGUUUAUUAAGUCACCAAAUAUGUAACAUUAUGCGAUAUUUUUUUAAUUUACAUCUCGUAUUCUGCGCACACACAGAAUUCAAAAGAAUCAAUUGAAACGAUCGGAUCCAUAAUCGCUUGAUCUUACCACUGGUAUUCAGCUGUACAUAGUUUAUUCUUGGGCAAGAGAAUUAUUGCAUCGCACAAUGAUACGGCGCUCUUAUUAUCUCCCAAGUGCUUUUUAUCCUUCCCGUGUCUAACGUUGGGAAGUGUAUCUUUCGAAAAAAGCCAUAGGCGGGUCCAGCUCGAAGGAAA